AGAAGAACCCCACCGAAGAAAAGAAAUAGACCAGAAAGCAUUUACACAUUCCUUUUAAACAUUUGAAAGCUCUCGUUUCCGUCUUCAGUCUUUGGUUUUAAACUUGAUGGAGCUUCCUCAUUCUUAGUCCCUGACAGUGUGAAAGACUUGAACUCCAAGACCUUCAUUAUGCUCAAAUUGAAAAACCAGGCCUUCCUUAUUCGAAACCAUGCCAUGCUUAGAUUCCCCAAGUUUACUUCAGCAGCUGCCUUAGCUGAUACCACAAUUACCCAGACCCUUAUACAGGAAGUGCCACAACCUCGAAUUCAACCCCCCAAGCUGUUCAUCACUGCCCUGCAGAGCUCUAGAAACAUCUUCCACAUUAGACAAGUCCAUGCCCAAGUUGCUGUCAAUGGAAUCCUCCAAAACCUCACUGUUGCAAACAAGCUCCUCUACAUGUAUGCACGGCAUAAGGUGUUGGGUGACGCUUAUGCUCUGUUUAGUGGGAUGGUGGAGAAGAAUGCAGUUUCUUGGAGUGUAAUGGUUGGUGGGUUUGUGAAGGGUGGUGACUUUGCUAAUGGUUUUAGAACAUUUAGGGAGCUCAUUCGAUGUGGGAUGCCGCCGGAUAAUUACACAUUGCCUUUUGUGAUAAGGGCUUGUAGGGAUUUGAUGGACCUGAAAAUUGGCAGGUUGGUUCAUGACAUUGUUCUGAAACAUGGGAUGCUUUCGGAUAAUUUUGUUUGUGCUGCUCUGGUGGACAUGUAUGCGAAAUGUAGGGUUAUACAUGAUGCCCGCCAACUGUUUGAUAAUAUGCCUAACAGGGAUAUUGUAACAUGGACAGUCAUGAUUGGUGGGUUUGCUGAGUGCAGGAAUGCGAGUGAGUCUUUGGUUCUGUUUGAUAGGAUGAUAGAUCAAGGUGUUGUUCCAGAUAAGGUUACUAUGGUGACCGUUGUUAAUGCUUGUGCAAAGUUUGGGGCUAUGCAUAAGGCCAGACUGGUUCAUGAUUAUAUACGUAGGAAUAAGUUUUACUUGGAUGUGAUCUUGGGGACGGCGAUGAUUGAUAUGUAUGCUAAGUGUGGGUGUGUUGGUUCCGCAAGGGAAAUUUUCGACAGGAUGCAAGUGAGGAAUGUUAGAACAUGGAGUGCCCUGAUUGCGGCUUAUGGUUAUCAUGGGCGCGGCAAGGAAGCUCUUGAGAUAUUUGAGAUGAUGUUGAGCAGUGGAGUGUUACCAAAUGCAGUUACAUUUAUUUCACUAUUAUAUGCUUGUAGUCAUGCUGGGUUGACUGAAGAGGGUCUGCGGUUUUUCUCAUUGAUGUGGGAUGAAUAUGCUGUCAGAGCAGAUGUUAAACAUUAUACUUGUAUGGUGGAUCUUCUGGGUCGUGCUGGGAAACUUGAUGAGGCCUUGAAAUUGGCCGAGAGUAUGGCAGUUGAGAAAGAUGAGGGGUUAUGGAGUGCUUUGCUUGGGGCCUGUAGAGUCCAUGGGAAUCUAGACCUAGCAGAAAAGGCAGCUAGUUCACUGCUUGAACUACAGCCCGAAAACCCAGGGCAUUACGUAUUGCUUUCAAAUAUUUAUGCAAGAGCAGGGAGGUGGAAAGAAGUGGCGAAGAUGAGAAAUCUGAUGACCCAGAGGAGACUAAAGAAAAUUCCUGGUUAUACUUGGAUUGAGAUAGACGACAAAAACUACCAAUUUGGUGUUGCUGAUAGAACUCAUCCACAAUCAGAAAACAUUUAUGCUAUGCUGAAGAGUUUGACUCACAAACUGGAGUUGGCUGGUUAUGUUCCUGAUACGAAUUUUGUGUUGCAUGAUGUUGAUGAGGAAGUUAAAGUGGAUAUGUUGUACACCCAUAGUGAGAAGUUGGCAAUUGCAUUUGGCCUUAUCGCCACUUCUGAUGGAACUCCUAUUAGAAUUACAAAGAAUCUUAGGGUUUGUGGUGACUGCCACACAUUUAGCAAGUUUGUAUCAGCUAUUACAAAUAGGGAGAUUAUUGUCCGUGAUGCAAACCGGUUUCACCUCUUCAGGGAAGGGACCUGCUCAUGUGGAGAUUAUUGGUAAUUGAAGUUUGUUUUACCAAGGCAGAAAGGUACAAGUUUUGACCAACUUGCUGUAUUGGCAUUCUCAUACAAAAUGUUGAUGUAUCUUACAAGCUGAUCCAAGAGAAUCUUAGGUAAAUGCAUACAUGGUCAGUCCCGUGUUUUAAUUAGUGGUUGGUCUAGAAAAAUAUCUUUGGGGUUUAAUAUUUUUUUAUUUAAAGAUAUUUUUCUGUUUGCCAAAUUGUGUUAUUAAUUUCCUAAGUAUUUUAGGAUUUGGUGUCUUUAAUUGAUUAUCUUUAACACAAAAGCUAUGUAGAAGUCGAAUUAGGGUAGAAAUCUGUUUGAUUGUGUAUUGCACGGCCUCCUUAUAUAUAUUGAGAAAAGGACGGUCAUAGGCAGAGGGACGCAAGAAGUAACUUGGUAGUCUUGCUUGCUUGAGAUUGGUUUUGUCAUAAGAGUCAAGGACACUUGUUCCAUGCUUAAGUGUUCUUGGUCGUGUUUCUCAUAUGCAUAAAUUCUUUUGAGAUCAGUAGAGAAGCUGUGAAGUAAGAAGAGCAAUAGUCGAAGAUCAUUUAAGUGAAGAAGGAGUUCAAGAUUGAAGACAAACUUCUCAUUAGUU